CGCCGGGCCCGGGCCAUGACCCCCGCUGCUCUGUCUUGCAGGCUCGUCGCCGCGGCCCCCGGAGCCCGGCCGCCGCCGCCGCCGCCGCGCGCGCCCGGGUGGGCCCCGUGCGCCCCGGGCGCGGCUCCACAGUGAGCCCCCCAGGAAGCGACCUGCAGAGGCACCACCAUGGGACUUAAGCUGUCCUGCCUGAAAGGCUUUAAAAUGUGCAGCAGCGGCAGCAGCAGCCACGACGAGGCGCCCGUCCUGAGCGACAAGCACCUGGACGUGCCCAACAUCAUCAUCACCCCGCCGACCCCCACAGGCAUGAUGCUGCCACGGGACUCGAGGCAGACAGUCUGGUUGGAAGAGACAGGGUCGUGCCCGGAGGACGGAGACAUAGACCCCGAAGCCUGAGGAGGGGGCACCGCUCGGAGAUGGUCCUCACGGGCCCCAACGCCACACGUCCCUGGGGGCGCGGCUGCCUGGGACACAUGUGCCGAGCACCCCGGACGGGAAAACAAAGGAUUCGGCCGCCCGACGGGUUGCAAGCUGAGCAAAGGAAUGACGAGCCCUGGCUGCGUCCAGAACCGGGUGUUUCUCGGGCCCCACCGAGCGGACCGGCCCCCUGACGCCCACGCCUUCUAACUGCUCCCGGAGCCCUGGUGACGGCCAUCGAGGUGCCGGGGAGAGGCCUCCCGGACCCGCUGGCCCUCCCUGCGCCCCGGGCCACACGGCCGGCCGCAGGACUCCCUGCAGACGAGGAGUUUUUUACACGUUGUUUUACAGAUAUCAGAAGAGCCCAAAAAGCGACCUGUGGUUUCUUUUUUGCUUUGUAAAUAAAGGUCCUCUGUAAUGAACA